GCUGUGAACCGAACAGGUUUGAAGGGUUCAGAGAUUCACCAGCUACUUUUUCAAACUACAAGUCCAGCGGAACGCAAAGCCUAACGUUACUUAACGCCACAGCUCGAGUGUUGAGACGUAAAGUUAAGUUGUGUGACCUAAGGAGGGUUGGUCUUGAAUAAAUCUCUACUUUGACGAAGCUCAGCAGCGAAGCCGAACCUCUAAAUAGUAUACAGACCUGAGCGCUGCACUGUUAAGAAGAAUUUAGCCGUUAUUUUUUUCGUAAGUCCUCGGGAGUUUUGAAAAAAUAGGUUUUCAUACAGUGAUAUCACAACGGAAAGGUUUAUCAUAUGUAUCGUUAAUAGUUUACCGGGAAUGGUUGUGCGGGACUGAGAAGAAUUUCAAGUCAUCUUUCGGACUUCAUCCAGGAAGAAAACACUUUUUUUUUUCAUCGGAGCGGACAAGUAAACGUUUAUUUCCAUCCAUCGUUGGACGACGAGCUUGUUCAACAUCGCAUAACUUCAGGUUAAAUAUAGCCUACAUCGAAAAUUCGGAUCUCAUCCAUACAAUUUGAUGUCAAGGUUACUAUAGGAAAUUCUAUAUUGCCAUCCAACACGCGUCGUGUAGUUGUUUGCUUGAUGCUUUUGUAGAUUAUUAAACUAACAAGCGCGUGGACGACACUGGCAUUGUGCUGUUGUGAGGCGUUUCAUGCUUUCACGGGAUUAGAGUUUGAAUUAAAAUCUCUGGAUGGACGAAAACGACAAUAUCCCGUGCCGUGUGGAUUACUGAGAGAGAGAUACGCGUGGGAAUCGAGACACCUGAGCCGGAUACCUGUAACUUUUCUCUCUCUGUCGAAAGCUCUUCACCAUACAUGAGAUUGGGCUUUCUGUCUGUCGCUGGUUGACACGGUCUUUUUUUAUUUAACUCCUACUGGUCUGGUAGAAUGGACGUGAUAGCCCUAGAUAAAGUUCACCAGCAUCACAAUCCAACAGAUUCUCGCUGGGAAUUCGUCGCUGGACUGUAGACGUCGGUCGGGAGAUAUUUUGGAGGAGCGCUGUUGUUUAUCAUCACAAACGGGAUUUAUUCGUGGAAAAACUACGAUGUCCGUUUUACGCUCUUGGAUGGAAACUCUGUUGCUGUAUAUGUUCAUUUCAGAUGUUGCUGGUAAAGUUUCCCCUACCAGUUCCGAUGCCCUCUUCAGCGUCCCUGUUCCUAGUACCACCUCCAGUCCACCAGAAGUUUACCUCCCUGCUAAUUUCAAGAUCUCCAACACACAGUUGGCCUUCUUUCUCCAGGAGACCCGAGUUACAUCAUAUGGCAGCCAACGUGGACACCCUCUUCAGCGCUCUGAAAGCUUUGUGGUCUUCCAGACUAAGGAACUGCCUGCAAUCAACAUCUCACUUGGGCCUUUCACCCAAGACCAGACAUUGUCCAAAGAUCUACUACAGCCGUCAAGCCCUUUGGAUAUUCCUGGAAGGCUGACGGUCAACUGGAAGGUCCGGGCCUUUAUUGUACAGUCUAGAGUGUUUGCUAGUAACCCAUUGGUUCAGGUGCUGUUCUAUAUUGCAGGACGGGACUGGGAUGACUUUAAGAUUCAGGACAAGCUUCCAUGUGUGAGGCUGCAUGCUUUUAGAGAUGUGCGGGAGAUCAAAACUUCCUGCAGGCUUCAAGGGAAUCUGGCUCAAUGCUUGGCCCAACUGGAUCUCCCUUCCACGUGGUUCAAUGUUAACGUUGCACCACUGGGUCGCAGAAAGUCUUCAGGAACAGAUGGGCUUGAGUUAAGUGGGGAGACCCUUCAAGUGGAGCUUUACUAUAGCCUACAUGAUCCAGACAGCAAUGAUGAGUGUGGGGAGAGCUACCCACGCCGGGGAGGGGCAUCCAGAGGGGAGAGCUCAUCCCAACAACCCCUUCUGCGUAUUGGGAGCAUCAGUUUGUAUCAGCCCAGUCAGGAACAAUUGGUGGUGGACAAACAGCUUGACACGAACCUCUUCCUGAGGUUACCAGAGAGGCCAUUAAAGCCAGGAGAGAUCCUCAACAUCUACCUGCUUUUGGUCCCAAAUUCAACUGUGGAGCAGUUUACACUCAAGGUGAAAGCAAAGAAAGGGGUGAACCUCCUCAGCACCAAGUCGAAGAGUAACCAGUGGAGGGUUGAAUGGGAUGUGCAGUCCGGAGCCAAACACUCGAUUGCAACCGUGGAAGCCAGCAAGAUCAAAGGAGUCACUGUGUAAGUCAGCUUCCCCGCAUUUGUACACUGAUCUAGGAACAGCUUCUCCAGUGGGGAAACUAAGCAGUGCGUAGUGCAUAGUAAUUGGUGCAUUCAAAUUAGCAACAAAAAAAGACAACCUAAACUUUCAUGUUUGAAUCAUCACACACACCCAACAUCUGCUAGUUAAUCCAAAU